UGGGCCUGGAGAUGGUGGGAUCGAUAUCUCUGGAGUGGCUGCCGGUAACGAAAUAGCAAUCCAAUGCAAGAAUUGGGCAAAUAAAAUCGGUCGUAACGUUGUGGACGAGCUUGCAGGGGUGCUCUCCAAACGUGAAAACCGUGGGAAAAUUGGUGUCGUGGUGGCGCCAUCUGGAUAUACACCUGGAGCGAGGAAAGCGGCACGGGAGCAUGGCAUAAUCUUAACAGACGUAGAAGAUUUAUGCGACGAUAUUUUUGAUGAAAUUGCCGAAAAGCAAAAAUCAAAAAAUAGAUUUAA